AUGACCACAGUUGAAAAGCGCCGCUCUGGCCGAAAGAGCGGCGGACAUCGAAAGCACAGCGAUGGAGGCUACAGUGACACCUCCAGCGCUGGCUCCUUCCCGGAUGAAAACGACCGCGAGGUCAGCAGCCUGACAGACAGAGCCUUCAGGAGUCUCUGCAUUGGAGACGAAGCUGUUUAUAAUGAUUCAGACCUCAGUUUGUCUUCGCCCUGCACCCAGAGAGACAAACAGCUGGCCUUCAGCCAGCACGGCCAGGACAGAGAGCGGGAGGAACUUAAAAGAGCUGCGCAUGAGAACUUCAGCCUCAGAGUGCAGCAGUAUGAAGAGGACUGGAUCCGUGGAGGAGUCUACGGCUCUGAGAUCCAUAGGGAUCCCCAGUGGGAGGUUUAUGGGCAGAGAACACAUGGGGGGGUUUCCGCCACAUUCCAGCACUCCUUUGUGGAAACAUCUCAACCGGAAAGAUCUAUGAGAGAAGAGCAGCUGUCCACCCUGAGCAAUGGAGGCACAGAGCUAAAUUCACAGCAACUCAGAAGCCGCUCCAGAGUUUCUUCUCUCAUCAGGGCUUUUAACUCGGAGGGACAAAGAGAUGUGAUGGGAAUGGAUGAUCGGUUCAGAGAGUGGAGCGACGAGACAAGCUGGGACAAAUCUGCUUUGAUGAGUAUCCAGAGGGAGCUUUCUGAAUUCUCUGCAUCAUAUCAGCAAAACUUUAACAGUGGACAUUUCCCCAGUGUUGGGCCUUUCUCACCCCAAGACAACAACUUUUAUUCCCCUGACGCGGCAGCAGUGGCCCACAUGUCUCACCACUCUGCAGCUUCUUUUAUGAGAUCUUCACACAGCAAGCACGGCAUGUCUGCACAGGUCAACUGUAACUCUAACUUCUUUAUACACAGUGAGUUUAGUCCCUUUAAGGUGUGGAGGGAUCAUAACAGAUUUCCGUUUCAGCAUGGGCAAGUCUCAGGCUUCAUGCACUGUUCACAGUUCCCUCAGUGGUAUGAGACACCAAUGUACAAGGAGCUUUCACUGCAGGAUCGAGCUCCGGCUCCUUGUAGGGGCGCCAGGCAGAGUCACUUGGCACCGGUGGUUCCGCCGACUCCUCCACGCUCCACGUCGACAUCCAUGGUGAUACAGAAAGCUUCAGCUAUGGAGAAACGCUGUGAGUCUGAGUUGGCUGGUCAUUACCCGCACAGGAAGAGGACCCAGAGCCUUGGACCUAAUAGGCUUCCAUCCCAGCGCCCGUCAACUGCAUCACCCACCACUGAGAUGUCUCGCCGCGUGCGAGACACCAUCAGCUCUGUGAAAGCCCUCCAGCAAAAAGUAAAAAGGAUGGCAGAGCAAAAUUCGAGCGCUACAGGAGUGAUAAAUGACCGAGGAGAUUAUUACUGCAACAACAAUGUAUAUCCCUUUGAAAACAAUGCGGUCACAGUGGCGUCAGGUGUUGUUAGGGGUAACACAAGCACAACUCCUUUUAAAAUCGGCCAGCUGCCUUCAGCGAAUUCACACCCAGAAGCAGAAACAUCAGAGCUCCAGCACUACGACCUUUCGGCUCCACCUGUGGAACAUCCUCCAGUUCGAGCUGAAAGCAGGGGAGCCACGCCCGAUGUCAGGAUGUCCAGCUACAAAUCACGAGCCACGAGCCUCCUGUUCAAUCUCAAGGACAACAGGAAAAGAGUGAAAAGUACCUACAGCCCCACGAAAUUCAAAGGCUUGGAGACUCAGGAGAAAAACAAACAGCCCUCUACCCUGGAGCCUAAAGAGACUGUGAUAGACAUCCCAGAGAGCAACAAAGAAGAGCUGUUCAAGAGGAACUGCAAAGAAGAGCUGUGCAAGAGGAACAGCAAAGAAGAGCUGCACAAGAAGAGCAGCAAAGAAGAGCUGCACAAGAAGAGCAGCAAAGAAGAGCUGCACAAGAGGAGCAGCAAAGAAGAGCUGCACAAGAAGAGCAGCAAAGAAGAGCUGCACAAGAAGAGCAGCAAAGAAGAGCUGCACAAGAAGAGCAGCAAAGAAGAGCUGCACAAGAGGAGCAGCAAAGAAGAGCUGCACAAGAAGAGCAGCAAAGAAGAGCUGCACAAGAGGAGCAGCAAAGAAGAGCUGCACAAGAAGAGCAGCAAAGAAAAGCUGCACAAGAGGAGCAGCAAAGAAGAGCUGCACAAGAAGAGCAAGAAGGAGCAACAAAGAAGAGCUGCACAAGAAGAGCAGCAAAGAAGAGCUGCACAAGAGGAGCAGCAAAGAAAAGCUGCACAGGAGAAGGAGCAACAAAGAAGAGCUGUACAAGAGGAGCAGCAAAGAAGAGCUGCACAAGAAGAGCAGCAAAGAAGAGCUGCACAAGAAGAACAGCAAAGAAGAGCUGCACAAGAGGAGCAGCAAAGAAGAGCUGCACAAGAAGAACAGCAAAGAAGAGCUGCACAAGAGGAGCAGCAAAGAGCUGCACAAAAAGAACAGCAAAGAAAAGCUGCACAAGAGGAGAAGCAAAGAAGAGCUGCAAUAGAGGAGCAGGAGAGGAGAGCUGCACAAGAGGUACAGCAAAGAAGAACUGCUCAAGAGGAACAGCAAAAGAUAUAUGCAGAAGAGCUACAAAGGAGGGACACACAAGGAAAACCGCAAGGAGGAGGAGAGCAUCAAAAAAGAGCCCCACAAGAGAAAGAGAGGAGAGCUACACUGGAGGAGCUGCAAAGAAGAGUUGCAAACGAAGAGCAACGAGGGCAAGCUACACAAGAGGAGCAACAGAGAAGGCCUAAACAGAUUAUUACUGAUAAUGAGGAAGAAAAGAGAAAAAGACAAAGAGAGGAAAACAACGCUGCUUAUAUUUCAAAAGAAAAAGUUAUGAAACAAAUCUUAGAGAACCAAGCAGAGCAGCAGAUUGAAGAAAAAAUGCAAGAAACACACCAAAAGGAAUUGUUGACAAGAAUUCAAAAACAUGGAGAAGAAAAGAAGAACAUCCUAAAACAAGGAGAAACAAGUCAAACUAAAGGGCAGAGGUCUCUGCGGCUUGAGGACAGCCAAGCAGAAGUGAGUCAGGAUAUAAUACAAGAACAAGACGAUGAAUUUCAGACUAAAAGCAAGGAAGAAAAAGAGUUAGCCACUCACAAAGAAAAGAUGAAAGCUGCCGAGAUAGAAAAGCAAAGACAAGUUGCACAGACGGAUGCUCUUCAGUAUUAUGCUAUCACCUCAGCCGAGCCAGACAAGAAGCACAAAGAGCGACAACUAUUUUCACCUUUAUCUUCCCAACAAAGAAACACUCCGGGGCUUGAGUCGGCUGACUGGCCUUACAGACCACAUGCUCCUGUGUCUCCUGCUCCAUCUCUGCCACGGUCCACCACAUCCUCUCCUGCUCUAGGAGGGAAGCCCUUGAUGUUCAGGGUGAAGGAUAACACCAUGAGAGGUUCCUCUUUCACUAAGUCAGUCAAACCGCGCUUCCACAAGAACUUCGGAGAAGACUCCUGGGGGGGCUUGGAGAGAGGAGAAGAUCAGGAGAUAAUGAGACGCAGGACUGGAACCCCCGUUCACGUUGACUCAUUAUCAAACAGACUUCUGGCUCCCAAUGAAUCCUCAAUCAGCAGGUCAGUAUCUUCAUUAGAUGGCUAUUCAGCACCUCUAUCCUAUCACAGACCCUAUUCCAGAAGAAGCAUUGUGAUAGAUGACGAUGAUUCCCGCUCUGUCUUCAGCGCUACGUCAGACGGAGUGGAGAGUUUUGCCACUAGUGCAACAGACUUGGCAGAUAUCCGAGGCCUGUAUGACUAUGACAGACCCGAAUCAGCCUGCAGCUUUAGCAGUGAUGUAUCUCGGUCUAUGGGAAAGCCUCCAACUGUACCCCCAAAGAGUGAAAAGGCGUUACGCAGAGCUCAGCGCUUAACUACUCGAAGGAUGAAGAAGGAGUUGUCCAAAGUUGCAGAAACCGACACUGUUGGACUUCCCAAAGAAGGCCCCAUUAUUUGUUCCUCCUCCUCCACUGAGGUACGCUCCUCAAACUGCCAUGCUGUGGCUUCCCCUCAUUUUACCCCUCCUGUCUCUCUCGCUCAUGCUAGAACAGUAGGGUCUAGCUUGCCUCCGUCCCAUGCAGAGCAGCAAGCUCCUCACCGCUCUUUCCACGCUUUCCCUCAUGCCACUGGUCCUAUUUCCCUCCCGAAUUCCUCUGCUCAUGCUAAUCCUGCUGUGACCCUUCCAGCUGCUCCUAAGACAGUUACUCAUGUUCCCUCUUCUCCCACUCUCCACCAUGUCAAUCACCCAGCUCCAGUGACACAGUAUCAAGUAGAGUCAAGCUAUCCGCAGUCCUUCCCACUGACCCAGCGCAAAGUGCUGCAAGACCUCGGCUCUGGUCAGUAUUUUUUAGUGGACGUUCCUGUUGAAGUUAAAACAAAGACCUUCAUCGACCCAGAGACGGGCAAGUACGUCCAGCUGAAUGUGCGGGAGUCUGGGCAGGGCAUCGCACGGCAUCAGCCUAAUCAAACACGCCCUCAAGCCCAGCUCCAACCCCAGAGGCAGAUCAAACAACAACAACCGCCCCUCUCUCAGGUGUCCCCUGCUGGCAAGCCUGCUGUGCUUUACCAAGGCUACCACGGUUAUCCCAACUACCAACCUGCAGCUAUCAAGUCUUUGCACUCUGACGGCUCAUCGGCUCCAGCAGGCGGCCAGCCGGGCCAGCAGCCUGUCGGUGAGACUCAGAACGGUGGAUAUCCAGCACCUGAAACAGGACAGAACACAGAAGAACAUCGCUACAGUCCAGAAAAAACUCCAUACAUGGACACGGUUAAUGAUACAGACAAAAGGCAUAGCAGAGUUUACGGCACACACGGCUCGAAUGAGUCCUUCCCAGAGUGUGACACAAACAGCCAGCUUGCCGGACGCUCAGUGUGUGAAAACGAUAACUCAGCCCCCUCACAAUAUCAGCCCCGUGAAAUAAUAACCAUGAGUGAACUGGAGGACUUCAUGGAGAUAUCUGAUUGGUGAAAACACACCUGUACAAAACAUCUGAUGGAAUAAAGAUAGAAUUAAAUAGGACAAAUAUGCUGUUUUUGCAGUGUUAUGGACUUUCUCUUGUGAACAUGUUUUUGGGGUUUGUAGCUUUUAAGAAAUUCUUUUGACCUGCUGUUAAAUUACUGCUGCUGUUUUUUUUAGAGCCACUGUUGAUUUUCAUUGUUUUACAGAGUUUACCAUUCCAUUUGACAUUUGAAUGUGCGAUGCUAAGAUGUUCCCUGUGUUUUCGGUAUUAUGAUCUCUUUGUCGUCAAACAUCAACAGCAUGUCAAGUCUUUUGUUGAGAACCAACACAGGCAGGCACGUUAAACUUUUCCUGUAUUUCGUCUUAUUAAAAUCCACUUUUGGCAUUUCAUGAUGCAUGAAUUGAUAUGAAACCGAAGUGUCAUGCAGGUGGCGUGAAAAAUAGUUUGAGUAUUCAACCAAGGCGUCAAAGAGAAAAUUGUGAGAUCAUUUUCCCUGAUUUUCAGGUUUAAUCACAAACAGCAGUCAUUUUCUUGUUGGUUUCUGUUUUGCUGUGAAAAACAGUACAACAUUGGUUCAUUCAGACAAUGUAAACACACGUUCAUCAACAGAAUGCCUGAUUUUUAUGUGCUCCUUAUAAGAUAAAAAAAAAAAAAAAAAACAUGUACACAAGACUGCUUUGCAAGUUUGUUU